GGCGUCCUCGAGUCAGCACCUUUUACAGAGACGUCAGAAACAUCGCUUCACCGUUUGUUAAAUUUAGAAGGUGCAGCUUGCAGACGGACGGGAGGUCUCCGUGGGGGCAAUGUAUCAUAUCUUCACGUAUUACAGUCUUGGCUUAACCCUCACGGGUCGAUAAACAGACAGCGCGACAGUCGACAAUUAUCAAUUGGAGUAUUUCAGGAGAAAACGAGCGGGUUUUGGAUUAGAUGGUUACUUGGUCGCCAACUCCGUCUCACACCGUUCGAGAGAUUCCAGUACGACUUGUCCCCAAUCGCCGGUUCCUCUUUCACCAUCUUGCAGGACGACAAUGAUACUGCUCUUUCCUUGAUAAUGUUGCGUCUCAGCAAAAUAUCAGCGGGGACAUUAUCAUAUGAAGAAGCCCAGGAAGUUAAGCAAGCAGCAGUUAUACUAGUUGAGAUAUUGAGAAGACGAAGCCGAAGUUUAGAUCCCAUCGCCGAGCCCGCUAACGCUGCUUAG